UAUGUGCUGUCAUGGUGUCUGCCAUGGCGGGUGAGAUGAACAGGCUCUCACCGGCUAUACAGUCCUUGGUUGAUGAAUACUUCAGUUGGCGAAUGAAAGACAUGCCCGAGUUCGCGUCCUUUGUCGGUAUUCACGACUACGAUGACCAACUUGAUGACAUGUCUCUAUUGGCGUACCAGAAUCGAUUUGACAAAUGUCAGAUAUUCUUCGAUCGUGCUGUGGACCUGAAAAUGAACGCCUCCAGCCACGAAGAUGAACUCAAUUUGAAGAUCAUUGAAUCUGAAUUGCUCACAUUUAUUAAUGGUUUUCCGUACAAAGGGUUUUUAGCACCACUGACAUUCAGUGAGGGUGUUCAUGUGGACCUCAAGCGUCUGAUCUCGUGGAUGGUAUUUGAAACAACUGAAGACUAUGAAAAAUUGUUGUCUCGAUACAGCAAACUACCUCAGCAGCUAAGCCAAAUCCAAAUACUGAUGGAGGAGGGUGUCCGUCAAGGAAUUGUAAAUCAUGCCAUUUCAAUGAAAGGAGUAUCGCAAAGUUUAGGAAGGUAUGUGGUGGAAGUUGCUGAAGAGUCUCCUCUGUGGGAAGCUUUGACUGACUUCCCAGAAGACUUCACUGAGGAAGAAAUAAGUCAAUUUCAAGAACGGGGAAGAAUCAUUAUCACGCAGCAGGUUUCGCUAGCUUUUCAACAACUACGCGAUUUCAUCGACACCAAGUACACGACCCGUCCUGAGAUCGCUGUCACCAGCCUCCCAGAUGGCGAGGCACGCUACAACGAGCUCGUCAGGUUCCACACGUCAACCAGCAUGCCUGUGCCGGAGAUCCAUCAACUUGGAAUUGAGGAAGUCGACCGCAUUGAGACAGAGAUGGCCAAG